AUGGAUGAAGAUGAACUUGAAUUGCAGCCACAAGAACCAAACUCAAUUUUUGGUGGAAUAGGUGCUGAUGUUACACAAAUGAUUGGUGAUCAAAUUGUUGUGGAAGUACAAGAAACUGUUUUUGUUUCAGAUGUUGUGGAUUCAGACAUAACUGUCCAUAACUUUGCUUCUGAUGACCCAGAUUCUGUUGUAAUCCAAGAUGUCAUUGAAGAUAUUGUUAUAGAGAAUGUUCAGUGUUCAGAUAUCUUAGAAGAAGCAGAUGUAUCUGAAAAUGUCAUCAUUCCAGAACAAGUGCUGGACUCAGAUGUAACUGAAGAAGUGUCUUUAGCACGUUGCCCAGUGCCAAAUGUUGUUUUAGCUUCUGACAUUACAUCAGCCUCAAUGUCUAUGCCAGAACAUGUCUUGACAAAUGAAUCUGUACAUGUUCCUGACAUUGGACGUGUAGAACAUGUGGUUCAUGAUAAUGUAGUAGAAGCAGAAAUCAUCACUGAUACAUUGACAACAGACAUAGUUUCAGAAGAAGUAUUGGUAGAAGACUGUGCCUCUGAAGCAGUCAUAGAUGCCAAUGGGAUUCCUGUGGACCAGCAAGGUGAUGACAAAGGCAACUGUGAGGACUACCUUAUGAUUUCCUUGGAUGAUCCUGGCAAACUGGGACAUGAUGGUACCUCUGGAAUAACUAUGGGCACAGAAGCAGAAAUUGAUCCUUGUAAAGUGGAUGGCACUUGUCCUGAAGUUAUCAAAGUCUAUAUUUUUAAAGCUGACCCUGGGGAAGAUGACUUAGGUGGAACAGUAGACAUUGUGGAGAGUGAGCCUGAGAAUGAUCAUGGAGUUGAAAUACUCGAACAGAACAACAGUAUUCGUGUUCCAAGGGAGAAGAUGGUGUAUAUGACUGUAAAUGACUCUCAGCAAGAUGAUGAAGAUUUAAAUAUUGCUGAAAUUGCUGAUGAAGUUUAUAUGGAAGUGAUUGUUGGAGAAGAGGAUGCUGCUGUUGCUGCAGCUGCAGCUGCCGCUGUGCAUGAACAGCAAAUGGACAACAGUGAAAUUAAAACCUUCAUGCCAAUAGCAUGGGCAGCUGCUUAUGGUAAUAAUUCUGAUGGAAUUGAAAACCAGAAUGGCACUGCAAGUGCCCUCUUGCACAUAGAUGAGUCUGCUGGGCUUGGCAGACUGGCUAAACAAAAACCAAAGAAAAGAAGAAGACCUGAUUCCAGGCAGUACCAAACAGCAAUAAUUAUUGGCCCUGAUGGACAUCCCUUGACUGUCUACCCUUGCAUGAUUUGUGGGAAGAAGUUUAAGUCAAGAGGUUUCUUGAAAAGGCACAUGAAAAACCAUCCUGAACACCUGACCAAGAAGAAAUACCACUGUACUGACUGUGAUUACACUACCAACAAGAAGAUAAGUUUACACAACCACCUAGAGAGCCACAAGCUGACCAGCAAGGCCGAGAAGGCCAUUGAAUGUGAUGAGUGUGGGAAACAUUUCUCUCAUACUGGGGCUUUGUUUACUCACAAAAUGGUGCAUCAGGAAAAAGGAGCCAACAAAAUGCACAAGUGUAAAUUCUGUGAAUAUGAGACAGCUGAGCAAGGGUUAUUAAAUCGCCACCUUUUGGCAGUCCACAGCAAGAACUUCCCUCACAUUUGUGUGGAGUGCGGUAAAGGUUUUCGUCACCCAUCGGAGCUCAGAAAGCACAUGCGAAUCCAUACUGGGGAGAAGCCAUACCAGUGCCAGUACUGUGAAUAUAGGUCUGCAGAUUCUUCUAACUUGAAAACUCAUGUAAAAACUAAGCAUAGUAAAGAGAUGCCAUUCAAGUGUGACGUUUGUCUUUUGACUUUCUCAGAUACCAAAGAUGUGCAGCAACAUUCUCUUCUUCAUCAAGAAAGUAAAACACACCAGUGUUUGCAUUGUGACCAUAAGAGUUCGAACUCAAGUGAUUUGAAACGACACGUAAUUUCAGUUCACACAAAGGACUACCCCCACAAGUGUGAUAUGUGUGAUAAGGGCUUUCAUAGGCCUUCAGAACUCAAGAAACAUGUGGCUGCCCACAAGGGUAAAAAAUUGCACCAGUGUAGACAUUGUGACUUUAAGAUUGCAGAUCCCUUUGUUCUGAGUCGCCAUAUUCUCUCAGUUCACACAAAGGAUCUUCCAUUUAGGUGUAAGAGAUGUAGAAAGGGAUUUCGGCAACAGAAUGAGCUUAAAAAGCAUAUGAAGACACAUACUGGCAGGAAAGUGUAUCAAUGUGAGUACUGUGACUAUAGCACUACAGAUGCCUCAGGCUUUAAACGACAUGUUAUUUCCAUUCAUACAAAAGACUAUCCUCACCGUUGUGAAUACUGCAAGAAAGGGUUCCGAAGGCCUUCAGAAAAGAACCAGCACAUAACACGGCAUCAUAAAGAAAUAGGCCUUCCCUAG